ACAGAUGGCGCUUCUAAACAUGUCUGCCAAUAUGUAUUUUCUAACCUUAAAGAAUUUCUUGUUUUAGACUACAACUUUUGGGAAUGUUCUUGUGCCCUUUCUCCAGCCACGUUUAUGGAGGUGUCGUAUGGGUGUUAGUUUUGCUGUCAUAUGGCCCAUGUCAGGACAUCGACUAUGUGUAUGAUGAAGGUAGAGAACCAGCUGCGGAAGACGAGAAACCUAUCAAGUCAAAGCAUGCCAUGGAAGAAGAGGAACGAUGGACAAACAGUGAGAGUAAAAUAUCCCCGACGGAUGAAAAACACAAUGGAAUUCAUCAUGACGAGAAACCUAUCAAGUCAAAGCAUGCCAUGGAAGAAGAGGAACGAUGGACAAACAGUGAGAGUAAAAUAUCCCCGACGGAUGAAAAACACAAUGGAAUUCAUCAUGACGAGAAACCUAUCAAGUCAAAGCAUGCCAUGGAAGAAGAGGAACGAUGGACAAACAGUGAGAGUAAAAUAUCCCCGACGGAUGAAAAACACAAUGGAAUUCAUCAUGACGAGAAACCUAUCAAGUCAAAGCAUGCCAUGGAAGAAGAGGAACGAUGGACAAACAGUGAGAGUAAAAUAUCCCCGACGGAUGAAAAACACAAUGGAAUUCAUCAUGACGAGGAACCUAUCAAGUCAAAGCAUGCCAUGGAAGAAGAGGAACGAUUGACAAACAGUGAGAGUAAAAUAUCCCCGACGGAUGAAAAACACAAUGGAAUUCAUCAUGAAGAGAAACCUAUCAAGCCAAAGGAACCGGUGACGAACAAUGGGAGUCAAACACCCCUCGGGCAUGAAAACCACGCCGGAAUUCUUCAUGACCUGGACGCAUUUGUGAAACACCACGUGGCACUGGUCCUAAUGGUUGGCGGUGUUGCUUUGGUCGUCCUCUUCCUGAUGCUUCAUCUCACCCUAAUAUAUAUCCAUUGCAAAUCCAGAGGUUGUGACAGGCGCAAGCCAGCGAAACGCAAACGGAAGAAGAAGAGUCGACAUUCCGAUGAAGAUGAAGACCUGGAGAUGUCAUCCCUCAGUCUACUACUUUCUGCCGCCAGUCGCUCCUCUCUAGACAGACAAAAGAGAAAGAAACACAGGGAGAAAAUAAGGAGACGGGACAGCAUAAGUGAGUCAUCCUCUGAUGAUUCUUCAUACAAAGGCCAUGGAAGGAGAAGGGAGGAAAAUAGACCUGAUAAAGACAGGGGUCGUUCUAAAUCAAGGCACAAAAGCCCGAAGAAAAGCUCUAAACCUGUUGCAAAAGUACAGCCGUCAUCCAGAACACGACUAUUGUCAUCUUCUGUUCAUUCUGCCACUAAUACAUCAGAACAGGUGCCCCGACCUGCCCCUGAGAAACCUCCCUUGGGCCCACCCCCAACUAUAUCGGCACCAACACCACCAGCAGUUGCAACCUCAACCCCGCCAUCUGCAGCCAUAGCCCCACCCCCAAUCCCACCCCCUCCCGCACCAGCAGCUAUGGCUCCACCUCCUCCCCCACCAUCAGCCAUGAAUCCACCCCCUCCCCCACCUGCGGCCACGGCCCCACCCCCACCAGCAGCCAUGAUUCCACCCCCUCCCCCACCUGCGGCCAUGGCCCCACCCCCACCAGCAGCCAUGACUCCUACCCCUCCCCCAUCUGCGGCCGUUACUCCACCUCCGCCAUCAUUUGGUGUGCCUCCUCCACGGCAAGCAGCCCUGUCCCCACCAAAGCCACGCCGACCUGCACCUGUUUCACACGGAGAUGCACUGGCAGCUGCAUUGAGUGCAAGACGACUGAAGAUAAGUUCUUCCACCACGGUGAAUAAUAAUGCUCUUGUCUUAAACAGAUCAAAUGUGUUUUCAGCGCAAACACUCACACAAGCAUUCCCAGGAAUAUUCUCGCCACAAAAGUGA